CUCGAAGAUCCCACGGUCUCCUCAGGACCAUCGGACCGGAAGCCACCUCGUCGAAUUCCUCGAUCAAGAUCCCCGAGAAGCGCCGCUGGGCGGAUGUUCUGUCCACCCGCGCGAUCUGUCACUGCCGGAAGAAUAUGAUCAGUUGAUCAGAGAUUGACCACGCGAGCUGGGAACUCCGCAGCAGCGAAGCACCGGACGUCUCAACUUUGAUUGUCUGUGCACCCAUCAUCAUCAGUCCAUGAGGCCUGCCACUCCAGACCAAGAGGGCCUGUCGUGCCGAUGAGCAGUAUGUGCGUCUUCCAGAUGCCUCAGGGUGAUCAUAGGGGGCGUGUAUCAGAGGCCCUGGAACCGCCGCUUGAUUGGCCAUGGCGAACGGGAGGCGGAUUCCCGAUCUGCUGCAUACACCUCACCUGCGUCUAAGGCUCACAAGAGGCGUACUCAAACAGCGUCUGACUUCGGUUCAUGCUCUGCCGAUUCGGACGAUGAUGCCGACUGGCUAUCUCCACCCUUCAGCCGGACCGCAGACCGAUCGUGCCGACCAGUUUCUGACCUAUUGCCGCUCGAGGCCCGUGGACCGGCG